AUGGGCGAUCUUCCGAAUGUAAGAGUAAAUCGCUUAGCUCGAGCAUUCGAACAUGCCGGUGUCGAUUAUGCCGGUCCAAUUCUUGUACGAACCUCUCGUGGACGAGGUCAUAAAGCGCAUAAAGCCUAUAUUGCCGUGUUCGUUUGUAUGACGACAAAGGCGAUCCAUCUCGAGCUCGUUAGCGACUACUCUUCAGACGCUUUUCUCGCCACAUUAAAUCGUUUCGUUUCUCGUCGCGGAUACCCUGCAUCGAUUUAUUCGGAUAAUGGAACCACAUUCCAAGGUGCCGAUCGCGAACUUAAACUCGCAAUCGCGCAGGCUUUAAAAAAUUCGGAUUUGCAAAAUACGCUUUCGACCGACGGAAUAAACUGGCAUUUCGUGCCUCCUUCCGCUCCCCACUUCGGUGGAUUAUGGGAAGCUGCUGUACGCAGCGUCAAAUACCAUUUAAAGCGCUGUAUCGGCUCACAUACGCUCACAUUUGAAGAAUUAAAUACUGUUCUUUGUCGUAUCGAAGCGUGUCUUAACUCGAGACCUAUUGGGUCUGUGUCCGAAAAUCUCGAUGAUUAUCAUGUAUUAACACCGGGACACUUCCUCAUCGGGGGACCCAUCUUAGCUGCGCCACAGCCAAGCGUUCUCGAUCUUAACGAAACUCGUCUUUCCCGCUGGCAAUUGUUGCAACAUAUUACAGAAAAAUUUUGGAAAUCAUGGUCAAACGACUACUUAUUAACGUUGCAGCAGCGGCCAAAAUGGAAAAUUGCGCAACGACUUGCGACUGUAGGCCGAAUCGUUCUCUUGCGGAACGCACUUGCUCCUCCGUCUCACUGGGAGCUCGGACGUAUCAUCGAAUGUCAUCCCGGCAACGACGGACUCGUUCGCGUCGUUACCGUGCGCACCGCGCGUUCACAGUAUAAGCGUCCAAUUGUAAAAUUAUGUUUUCUUCCGAUCGAUAUCAAUACUUCAAGCGAUCAAAGUUCCGGCAUGGCGGGCGGCACCGAUUCCGAUUAG